AUGAUACUGUCUGAUUCGAAUACUACAGCAUCAAGAGGCGCUCUUAUUGUUGUAGAGGGCGGUGACCGCUGUGGAAAGACUUCUCAAUGUUCUGUGCUAGUUAGCCAUCUGUGUGCUGCUGGCUUCAAUGUCAUGGCCCACAAGUUUCCUGAUCGAACUCUGGAUACUGGAGUACUGAUUGAUCAAUAUCUUAGGGGUACUAAGGAAGUUGACGAUCAUGCUAUACAUCUCUUGUUUUCUGCAAAUAGAUGGGAGAGCAUGGGACAUAUCAAAUCGCUAAUUGAUCAAGGUAUAACCAUUGUUGUCGACAGAUAUGCAUUUUCCGGUGCUGCAUAUACUGCUGCAAAGGGCAUAGACUUGGAAUGGUGUAAACGUCCAGAUAUGGGUUUGUUGAAACCAGACUUGGUUUUAUAUUUGGACUUGGAUCCUAAAAUUGCUGCUGCACGAGCAGAAUAUGGAUCUGAGCGAUAUGAAACUAUCGAAUUUCAGGCUGCAGUUCGUCGCAACUUUUACCAGAUUGCAGAUGAUAGCUGGAAGGCAAGUUGA